GGGGGUGGCGCUGGGGACACGCCGGGGUCCCGCACCCCGAUCCCGGUUCGCUGCGUGGGGCCGCCCCCCCCACCCGCGGGUCCCCGCCGUGUCCCCGCCGUGUCCCCGGGCGGCGCCGGAGCCGAGCCAUGAAGGUGAAGGUGAUCUCCGUGCUGGAGGACAACUACAUGUACCUGGUCAUCGAGGAGAGCACCCGCGACGCCGUCGCCGUGGACGCCGCGGUCCCCAAAAGGCUGCUGGAGAUCAUCAGGAAGGAGGACGUGGUGCUCAGGGCCAUCCUCACCACCCACCACCACUGGGACCACGCCAGGGGCAACGAGGAGCUGGCCCAGCUCUUCCCCGGCCUGCAGGUGUUCGGUGCUGACGAGCGCAUCGGGGCCCUCACGCACAAGGUCACCCAUGGCCAGGAGCUCACGUUUGGGGCCAUCAGGGUGAGGUGCCUCUUCACCCCCUGCCACACCUCGGGCCACAUGUGCUACUUCAUGUGGGAGGACGAUUCCCCGGAUGCUCCGGCUCUAUUCUCAGGUGACACCCUGUUUGUGGGGGGCUGCGGGCAGUUCUUUGAGGGGACAGCAGAGCAGAUGCACACCAACCUCACCCAAAUCCUGGGGACUCUGCCCAAGGACACGGUUUUCUGUGGCCAUGAAUGCACUGUCAGAAACCUCAAAUUCGCCUUGAAGGUGGAGCCAGAGAAUGAAAUGGUGAAGGAGAAGCUGGCAUGGGCCAGACAGCGCGAUGAUGAGGACCUGCCCACGGUGCCCUCCACGCUGCAGGAGGAGUUCCUGUACAACCCCUUCCUGCGGGUCACGGAGGAGCCUGUGCAGAGGUUCACGGGCAGGACGGACCCUGUGGAGGUGCUGAGGAUGCUGCGCUCCGAGAGGGACAACUUCAAGAAGCCCAAGGAGAGGCCCAACCCCCAGGCCAUGCUGGCCUUUGACUGGGGGCUCUUCGGGCCCUUCCUGGAGAAGAAGUGACGUCCCCAUGGUGCCAGGGCUCCCUCCUGGCUGUGCCCAGCAUGGAUUCACUCCCAGCUGGGGACUGGUUUGUGUUUUUAACCUGCUUGUUUGAGGCUGCUCUGCUCCCCCUCCGGCACCACGUCCGGCUCCCCGGGCCUGGGAAGUUCCCUGUGGAGCAGCACCUGGAUACCUUUGGAGAGCCCAGGCUGUGGUGACCCCCCCUUGGUGCUGGGAUGUGGCUGCUGCCAGCAGAGGGUCAGGACAUGGCUUGGAGCAGGGGACACUCCCAAUUUUGGGGUCAGUGCAGGAGCUGCCACGUCCUGCAGCCCCGUGGCCGCAGAAGGGAGCCAAGGAAAAGUUGGAAUGCUCCGGGAUGGUGGAGCUGUGCCCCACAGACCACCAGGCUCCCCUGCCUGCACUGCCAGGCCUGGGGGCUGCAUCCCAUUCCCAGGGGUUGUGGGAUGCAGCCACGUAGCUCUGGAACCUCUGGCAGCCCUCCUGGCCCUCCUGUCCUGCUCCAGCCACCCUGGGCCCCUCUCAGGCCAGGGAUGGAGGUGGAGGCUUGGAUCCCCAUGGGAAGCCACUGGUGUCACUGGUACCCACCCAACUCCAGCCCUGUGCUAACAAAACCCUCAUCACUGCAGGGUUUGGGUGGGGUUUUGUCCCACCUUUUUUCCCAAUUUUUCCAGUAGGUCAUAAAGGGAUUUGUGUAGGGAUUUGUGACCCAGUCGCUGCCUUCGGAAGCCCUCGGACCACAUGGGGUGUCCACGAUCUGCCCCAACCCCUCUGGCUUUGGGAGGGAUUUUCCCAGGUGGGACAGAUUUUAGGCAGCAAACACCGAAGUGCUGCCAGGCAUGCCUUGCUCUUUGCUUUCUCCAGGAUAAAAACUGGAAAACACUUGGUGCCAACUCCGUGGACAUUGCCUUGUCCUUGGGCCGGGGACCAGCUGGGGCUCCCAGGCCUCCCCAGCCUUCACUUUGUGCAAAAUCAGGGCUGUGUUUUACUUAUUUUUAAGCUGAGAAAGGAGCAGAGUUUUAUUUGCAGGUGUGGGAGGCACUUUACACCAGUAAAGUCAUUCCCUUUUUUUUUUUUUUUUUUUUUUUGUGGAGAAAAUGAGGGUUUCAUGGCAGCUCCCAGCACUGGAAUAGAGUUGAUUUCAGGGUUUUUCAUGUGUGGACUGUGAACUUCUUUGUUGCCACUGGAGUCUGGUUUGGGGCUUUUUCCUUUGCUACAAACUGGAACAAGGUUUUCUUUUUUCCUUAAGUUAUAGUUUGGAUUUACUCCCCUCCAUGGAAGGGGAAGGAUUUAUCCAGCUGCAAAAGCUCCCUUGGUCCCAUGGCCUGAAUUCCUCAGUUUACAUGAAAUGCUGGAGUUGUGGAUGUCGCCUGGGUGUUCCUUUGGAAUUUGAUUUAUCCUGGGAGCAGGGAUGCUCCUGUGUGUUUAACCAACCCUGAGCCUGCUCCACAGCUCAAAGCUGGGACAGAUUCCAGCUCUUCCUGGUGCCAGGGCAGGAAGAGCCACCCAGAAUGCCCAGAACAGGGAUCCCAGGGUGUCCUGGGUAGCUUCAGUGACCUCUGUUUGUGUUGGUGACCUGGGAACUGGGGAAGUGACAAAAUGUAGAGCCCUGAUUAUUUAAUUUCCAGCUAGUCAAGCUUAAUUGAUUGUGCAUUUCUGGGCUGAUGUGCACGUGCUCAGCAGACACCAACUGUGCUGUGCACUGAUCCAUGGUCUCAGCAUUCCAGGCUCGAGCCUCUCCCUGUCAAAGAUGUUUUCUGGUUUAGCAAACCCCUGGGUGUUACAAAUCCCUGCAUGGAGAAGGGAAUUCCCUGGAAGCACCAAUUUGCUCCUCAGGAGGGUGGGAAGGGGGCAGCAGUGGGAGGUUGAUGCCUUAGAACACUGUGAGGUCAUUAACGAUCAGCAACACCUGAAAAAUGGAAAGUUUUUAAUUAAAAACAUGAAAAUCA